GUGUGUGUGUGUGUUGGUGUUCUGCGUGCCCUGCACCGUGGCACUUGCAGGGGGGCAACAGAAAGAGACAGCUGUGUGCUUGAGAGAAACUGAAAACAUAAGAAAGAGGGAGUGGAGGGAAAUGCCAGUCAAGACUGUCACUUUUGGAGCAGAUGCUGGCAACAGUUUUCUCCGAGCGGCCCGAUCUGGCAACUUGGACAAGGCUCUGGACCAUAUUAAAAAUGGCAUAGAUAUAAAUACAGCCAAUCAGAAUGGGCUGAACGGGCUGCAUCUGGCCUCUAAAGAAGGCCACGUCAAAAUGGUGUUAGAGCUACUCCACAAUGGAAUCAUACUGGAGACCACCACAAAGAAGGGGAACACGGCCCUUCAUAUCGCAGCCCUGGCAGGACAGGAGCAAGUGGUCACAGAGCUGGUUACCUACGGGGCCAAUGUCAACGCUCAGUCCCAGAAGGGUUUCACUCCACUCUACAUGGCUGCGCAAGAAAACCAUCUAGAGGUUGUGAAGUUUCUUCUGGACAAUGGAGCUAAUCAGAGCAUUCCAACCGAGGACGGAUUCACGCCUCUCGCCGUGGCUCUUCAGCAGGGACAUGAAAACAUUGUAGCCCUGCUCAUCAACUAUGGCACCAAGGGAAAAGUCCGCCUACCUGCAUUGCAUAUAGCAGCACGCAAUGACGAUACACGCACAGCAGCAGUGCUACUGCAAAACGACCCCAAUCCUGGUGUACUCAGCAAGACUGGAUUUACUCCCCUGCACAUUGCUGCACACUAUGGAAAUCUGAAUGUUGCUCAGCUGUUGCUCAACAGAGGAGCCAAUGUCAACUUCACCCCAAAGAAUGGCAUCACUCCUCUGCACAUUGCAUCAAGACGAGGGAACGUGAUCAUGGUGCGACUCCUCCUGGACAGAGGGGCGCAGAUCGAUGCCAAGACCAAGGAUGAGCUGACUCCUCUGCACUGUGCAGCCAGAAAUGGUCAUGUCAGGUUAAUAGAAAUCCUGCUCGACCAUGGGGCCCCCAUCCAGGCAAAGACUAAGAAUGGUUUAUCUCCAAUCCACAUGGCAGCACAAGGAGAUCACAUGGACUGUGUUAAACAGCUUCUGCAGUACAAUGCAGAGAUCGAUGACAUUACACUGGACCACCUCACUCCACUCCAUGUGGCUGCACACUGUGGCCACCACCGAAUGGCUAAAGUACUGCUGGACAAAGGGGCCAAACCAAACUCUAGAGCACUGAACGGCUUCACUCCACUGCAUAUAGCUUGUAAAAAGAACCACAUGCGUGUGAUGGACCUCUUGCUGAAACAGGCUGCAUCAUUAGAAGCAGUGACUGAGUCUGGCCUGACUCCUCUGCACGUAUCAUCAUUUAUGGGUCAUCUGACAAUUGUGAAGAGCCUCCUGCAGAAAGGAGUUUCCCCCAGCACCUCCAAUGUGAAGGUGGAGACCCCUCUUCACAUGGCGUCUCGAGCAGGACACUAUGAUGUAGCUGAGUUUUUACUGGAGAAUUCAGCACCUGUGGAUGCCAAGGCUAAGGAUGACCAAACCCCUUUGCAUUGUGCAUCUCGAAUGGGCCACAAAGAGCUAGUGAAGUUGCUGCUGGACCACAAGGCAAACCCCAACUCCACCACCACAACUGGACACACACCCCUACACAUCGCUGCCCGGGAAGGUCAUGUACAAACUGUUUGCAUCCUACUGGACAUGGAGGCUCAACAGACGAAGAUGACAAAAAAAGGCUUCAUUCCUCUUCAUGUGGCUUCUAAGUAUGGGAAAGUGGAUGUAGCAGAGCUGCUGCUGGAGAGAGGAGCAAAUCCUAAUGCUGCAGGAAAAAAUGGUCUGACUCCACUGCAUGUUGCUGUACACCACAACAACCUUGACAUUGUGAAUCUUCUAGUCACCAAAGGAGGAUCACCACACAGCGCAGCAAGAAACGGAUACACUGCCCUCCACAUAGCAUCUAAGCAGAACCAGGUUGAGGUGGCAAACAGCCUGCUGCAGUACGGAGCUUCAGCCAAUGCUGAGUCACUGCAGGGAGUCACACCUCUUCACCUGGCCUUGCAGGAAGGAAGGCCGGACAUGGUGUCACUGCUCAUCUCCAAACAGGCCAAUGUAAACCUUGGAAACAAGAGUGGGUUGACCCCUCUCCACCUGGUGGCACAGGAGGGACAUGUCGGCAUCGCUGACAUCUUGGUGAAGCAGGGAGCUUCCGUUUAUGCUGCAACACGGAUGGGUUACACCCCUAUCCAUGUAGCGUGUCACUAUGGCAACAUCAAAAUGGUGAAGUUCCUUCUGCAGCAACAUGCCAAUGUCAACAGCAAAACAAGGCUUGGUUACGCACCUCUACACCAGGCAGUCCAGCAGGGACACACAGACAUUGUGACACUGCUGCUGAAGCAUGGAGCCCAGCCCAAUGAGACCACAACAAACGGUACUUUAGCUUUAGCUAUUGCUAAAAGGUUGGGCUACAUCUCUGUAAUUGAUGUCCUAAAGCUGGUCACGGAGGAGACAGUUUCCAUGACAACCACAGAGAAACACCGCAUGAGUUUCCCUGAAACUUUGGAUGAGAUUGUAGAUGUGUCCGAAGAUGAAGGAAUUGCUCAGCUAACGUUAGGAGAGGAGCUCUUGGGAACGGAAGGGGCCAGGUACAUGAAGAUGGAUGAGAUGAAAGACCAUGAUGAUGAUUUCCUCUCCCCAAAGAAAUCACUGGAGUAUGAGAGAGGGCUGGGCACAGCAAAUUACUCACCAGCCAUUCCCAGGAUUCCCCGUGUCUCUCCAGAAACUGUCAUCCUCAAAGAACACAAGAUAGAACAGCUUCACACACCACUUCCACUGCCCAAAGAAUAUGAUGAGGAUUCACUGAUUCCCAGCAGUCCAGCCACUGAGACC